GAGAAAGAGAGAGAGAGAAGUGUGAUGACCAGUUUCCUGCUAGCUGCCUUUGGUCCUCCAUAGUUUUUUUUUUUAGUUACAAUUUUCUUCCCUAAACCGGAAAAAAAAAAAAAAGAGAAAAGAAAAGGUGAAGAAGAAAUGGGAUGUUUCCUGGGUCUCUCCCAACUCGGGGAAAAAAACUAAUCCCAUAUCUUCCAUCUACAGUCUCCAUUAUUAAUCAUUCGGCCAAAUUUAAUUUUCUUUUUUUUUGGUCUCCGCGGCUCAAACUUGUAUGUUUGCUCGCUGCUUAUAAAUAUCUCAUCUCUAACUUGUGUACUCUGUUGUUGAGUACGUACGGUACGUAAUUAAGUACGUACCUCCCUCCUCAAUCAUCGUCAUCGGAACAAGAAGAAGAAGAUCAUCAUCAAUUUUGAUUGGGAUAAUCAUAAUUAAGAGAUAGAACAUCACACACCCAGAUGGGAAACUGUUACCCAAAGCCCGUCGACAGCCUUCCUCCCGGACCACCACCUCCUCCGCCUGCCACCACUCCUUCUUCAGGUCAACAUCAUAAUAACAAUAAGGGCUCAAAGCCGAGUCCCAGGAAUGGCGCCGGACGGACUAAAUAUUCAUCAUCGCCAUCACCCGCCCGGAAUAAUCAACCUCUUCAUCAUCAGAACGGUGACUUGAAACCACAAGAACAGGCUGCGGCGCCUCCUCCUCCUCCUCCUCCACCACUUACUUCUCCUCUUCCUCCUCCUCCUGCGACGGCGGCUGAGGCCGGUACUAGCAACAGCAACGGCGGUGCUACUCCUCGAAGCUUGAAGCAGUUUACAUAUGCGGAACUGAAGAGCGCCACCAGGAAUUUCCGGCCGGACACGGUGCUGGGGGAAGGCGGGUUCGGCCGGGUUUUCAAAGGCUGGGUGGAUGAGAAGACGUACGCGCCGUCUAAGGUCGGAGUUGGAAUCCCGGUGGCCGUUAAGAAGUCUAAUCCUGACAGCGAACAAGGCCUUAGCGAAUGGCAGGCAGAAGUGAGGUUCUUGGGAAAAUUCAGCCAUCCAAAUCUGGUAAAACUGCUGGGAUACUGUUGGGAGGACAAAGAGUUCUUGCUGGUCUACGAGUACAUGCAAAGAGGUAGCCUGGAGAGUCACCUUUUUAGAAGAGGUGCGGAAACACUAUCCUGGGAGAAAAGGCUGAAGAUAAUGGUGGAAGCAGCAAGAGGACUCGAUUUUUUGCACUCCACCGAGAAGCAAGUUAUCUACAGGGAUUUCAAGGCCUCCAACAUCUUGCUAGAUUCGGAAUUCAACGCAAAGUUAUCUGAUUUUGGACUGGCUAAAAUGGGACCUGCAAAUGGCGAUUCCCAUGUCACAACUCAAGUCGUCGGCACUUAUGGCUAUGCCGCACCCGAAUACAUGGCUACCGGUCAUUUAUACGUCAAAAGUGAUGUGUACGGGUUUGGAGUGGUGUUAUUAGAGAUGAUUUCGGGUCGUCGAGUAUUGGACCUCAACCGACCAUCUGGGGAGACCAAUCUGGUGGAUUGGGCCAGGCCUCUUUUACCCGAGAAGAGAAAGUUGAGGCAAAUAAUGGAUCCACAUCUAGAAGGACGCUACCCAUUGAUGGCUGCCGUCCAAAUCGCGGAACUGAUACUAACUUGUCUAGAAGGCGAUCCAAAGAAAAGGCCAUCCAUGGGAGAAGUUCUUAAUUCCCUGGAAGACAUCAGUUCGAUUCAGAUGAAAUCCAAGGAUCAACACAAAAAGGAGGCCCAAAAACCACCAAAUCACCGUCCACACAACAAUUACAACCAUCGCUCGCCGAUGCACCCUAAAAAUCCUAGUGCUAGUGUAAUGGAGACACGAGCUCAUCAUAAUAAGCUGCCCAUCACUAGGUCAUAUUGAAGAGGGAUUCAAUGGAAAUUGUCUAUGAAAUUUCAUUAGAGAAGACUGACAUUUCGUGCAUUUGGAGGAUUGGGCCAAUAGGAUAAUAGGUGUAAUGUGGCUCAACCUUAGAGCUAAAUCUUAUGUACAUGUUAGUCCAAUCCCAAACACUUAUUGUGUAUAAACCCAUUCGGCAGUAAGCCCAUCAAGUGGGUAUUUAAACUCACCUGAAAUUUUGGGCCCAACCUUUUUUUUUCACAAAUAUACUCAAAUUCAUAGGAAUCUUAAUUACUGAUUAAUUAGUGAUUACUUGGUUAAGAUUGAGGUAGAAUAUAACUAAGUUAGGAGAUUAAUCACUGUUGCCAACGAUGAACACCUUGCAAUAUGUGCAUUUGAUUUUACUACGAUGCUAUCAAAUUUUUUCUUUGCUCUUACCUUU